GCCGAACAGUUUAACGUGGAAAAAGUAGCGUAUGGAAGGCCCAUCUGAACAAGCCCAUUAAAGAUAGCGAGAAGCUGUAUGUUCGUUUUCAUCUUCCAACCGAGAGACCUUUGAAAACUUGCAGAGUUCAAAGAUUGAAGGCUCGUUGAAGAAUGGAAGCUACAAAUGUCUCAGAAAGUAAGGGUACGGUGAUCUCUCAGGAAGGGCAAUUUCGAGGAAUCCGAAUAGAGAAUCCCUUUACUUUGAAGGUUGGUCAAAUAUUUACAGGCUUCGGCGUCGGAUGUGGCAUCGGUAUCGGCGUUGGCCGCCCCAUAAACAUGGGUGCAAUUCCUGUCAUGAACGAAGUAAUGAGUGCCACAAGAGGUGCAACCGAUGCAUUUUCUGGGAUAACGAGGCACUUGAAUAACUCUCUCAGAAAAUUGGGAGCUAAGAACGUCCAAGCUGGCAUUGGAUGUGGAGUUGGUUUUGGCCAUGGUUUUGGUGUUGGCCUAGCUAUCAAGCCUUCAUUUCUACAAGUAGUUCAAUCUUCUGUCAUGCAAGCAAUGGAGAAGGUGAUGACAAAACUAGGAAAUAAUCCUAGUCUUCCAAUGAGUCAAGGCGCCGUACCAGUAUCACUACAAUCUGCGAGCAGCAUAACAAAUGCUUCGGCAAAUGAACAUCCUAUUGCAAGUAUAAGAGAAUUUGCAAAAGAAGUGCCAGAAACUGCCCCAGGAAACCUGUCUGGAUAUGAAGACGUGUCUAAGGGAUCCACUCUUCGAAAUACUCUAUCGAGCAGAUCAUUUGGAACUCGAACUGAAAAGGUCAUAGACAGUUUCUUGCAAAAUCCUGUUUUUAAAGGAGGGGAAAAUGAACUGCAGGAUGAGGUUGGACGCCUACGGCUUGAGAACCAUCUCUUCCAAAUGGUAAUGGUGCAUCAGAAACUUAUACAAGAGCUUAGGGAGGAAAAUAACAAGCUUCACCAAAUACUAGUGGAAGACCUGAAAAUACCUCCCAGCAAGCUCCAAGCAAGUAACAUAGGUAGAAAAAUUCCUCCAUGUUCGGAUUGUUUCGAGUGCCGAAGAAAGCAAAGGAGAAGGAGAAGCUAAUCAAUCUGAAUGAUUUCCCUGACAUGGUUGAGGCUGCGUUCAAUUGAUUCUUCAGUGAUAUCUUCUCUAGUUACUAGAGUUUGGAAAGCACUCGAACACUGUCCGAACAAGAAAGUCCAAGGUAUUGAGUUCACAUUGUGCUCGAAUAUUAACAAAUCAGAUCAUGUUUUAAUACAAAUUUGCUACAUAGGAACUUAGGAACAUUGAGUUCACACCAGGUCCUGAUGAAAAAACAAAACAACAUGCCUUUGUUGGAAAUUUUGAUGGUAUUUCAACAUUCUGAGUUUUAGGUGUAAAGCUAUUUUUAGACCUGGUUCUUGUGGAGCAAGUAAAAAGCAUAGCCAAUUUUGACUUCACUUACUAAAUUGCUUAGGAGUAUGUGUUGUGUUUCCCAUCUUCUAUGAAAUGAUUUUGUAUAUGGAAACUCUCUUUCACAUUCUUUUCUCUA